AUGAAAGUCAAGUGUACUGGGUUAUUGACGCUGCUUGCAGGCCUAGCUAGCUGUGCAUCAGUUACCAAAGCUGAGCUCGAAGAUUCUCGAGCAAAUUAUGUGAAACUAGGCUUCGACAAAUUAAAGGGGAACACGUUUAGUGACGCUACAAAGCACGCUAAGCCAAUUGCAAAGCUACAUAAAAGAGAUGACGGCUAUGAAGAAAUGACAAUAGUCAAUCAACAGUCUUUCUACUCCGUUGAGUUAGGAGUUGGAUCCUCGGAUCAAAAUGUUACCGUUCUCGUUGACACAGGUUCUUCGGAUCUUUGGAUCAUGGGUUCAAACAAUCCUUAUUGUAAGGCAGGUACUGUGUCUAAUAAUAAAAGACGCGUGGGGAUCCGUCACCCUGAGAAAAGAGCAGAAGACUUUGACCCUUUUAGUUGGCUGACCUUCAGUUCUAGUGAGGGAAGCACUGCUACAGGAACACAAACAAUUGUACCAAGUGCAUCGGCCACUUUGACCUGUUCUCAAUAUGGUACUUUUGCGACCUCAUCCUCUUCUUCGUUUCAAUCUAAUGAUACAGAGUUUUACAUUCAGUAUGGUGAUGGAACUUUCGCUCUUGGUACUUGGGGAACUGACACGAUCAAAGUUGAUGGUCUAGAAAUUUCAAAUGUAUCAUUUGCUGUUGCUAACGAGACAGAUUCUUCAGUAGGUGUGUUGGGUAUCGGUCUUCCUGGUCUAGAAACAACCAAUUCUGGUUCACUGGUUACCAGUGCCAGGGAUGCAUAUGAAUAUGAAAACUUCCCAUUGGUCUUGAAGCGCGAUGGUAUUAUCAACAGAAAUGCCUACUCAUUGUUCUUGAAUUCGUCUGAUGCCCAAACGGGGUCUGUCCUCUUCGGAGCUGUGGAUCACAGCAAAUACACUGGUACCCUGUAUACUAUUCCUUUGAUCAACACUCUUAGCGGUUAUUCUGAACCUAUCCAGUUUGAAGUUACCUUACAAGGCUUAGGUCUGCAAGCAAACGACACAAACACAACAUUGACCACCACUAAAAUACCCGCUCUUUUAGAUUCUGGUACGACUCUCGCAUAUUUUCCAUCGAACUUGGCAACUAUGAUUGCCAGGGGCGUUGGUGCAACGUAUUCUUCUCUCUAUGGUUAUUACAUGAUGUCCUGUUCUGACAUAGACACCUCUACAGAAAUUAUUUACGAUUUCGGUGGCUUCCUCAUUGCCAGUCCAUUAGAAAAUUACAUCAUUCAAACCUCCGGUUCCACCUGUAUUUUGGGGAUUCUGCCUCAAUCUGGGAACUCCAUCAUUUUGGGUGAUACUUUCCUCACAUCAGCCUACGUGGUAUAUGACUUAGAAAACUUGGAGAUAUCUUUAGCUCAAGCCAACGUCGGUUCAACAGGAAGUGACAAUAUCGAUGUCAUCUCUUCAAGUGUACCAAGCGCUGUUAAAGCGCCCGCCUACUCUAGUACAUGGUCAACCUCUGCUUCUAUUGCUACGGGAGGUAACAUUUUUACUGUUACUGUAGGAUCCUCUCAGAACAAUUCUUCCGGUACCACUACGACCAGCGGGAGCUCAGGUACCACCACUCGCGCGACUUCAACUACAACUUCAUCCACAAGGCAAAAUCUUGCCAUCGCCAUUCAACCCUCAUGGCAAUUCGUUUGGACUGGUCUUUGCAUGUCAACAGUUGUCUCAAUUAUAUCUUGGUUUUUGUAA